CUGGAGACUCGACCUGCAUUUCUCACCUGAAAGCUUUGCGCGUGUUAUGAGCACAACGACGGCCGCAUCGAGGACCGCAACUCGUUGAAACGAAAACUCUGGCUAGUGCAAGCGGUAAUAAAGCAGAGGAGAAAAGGUCGGCGUCUAAGAGAGACUCGACGGAAAUAGAAUACGACACAUCAUAUCGCUCUUUCCCCUUACGCAAGAGGGGUAUCCCCGAGCUCUUGCCACUCCUGGUAGCAUCGUCUGCAAAAGCAGCCUCAGGCAGAUUUGGCCUCAUUCUUUUGAUUUGAACCUACAAUGGCCAAACUCAGAGUCCCUUCGUGGCUAUCCAGCGAGCGCAAUGGAUCCACAGCCAACAUGGAUGUUGACAAAAAAAGACUCAAUCGGCGAUCAUUUCCUGGCCUGGCUACUACGAGGUCGAAAGAAGAAUCUCUGCAAAAGAAAGAAGAAGAGCAAAGCGAAGUUUCGAAAGUAGAAUCUCCUGAGUCUCGAAUGCUUGUGCUGGCGGAGACGAUCCGCGUUGAAACCGAGAGGCUGCAGACUUACCUCCAGUCGAAUGGUAUUGCUCAACCAAGUCUCAGCGUUGACGGACCCGACGAUUUCCCUCUCUUACCCGACGAGAUUCAACAGAGUCGUCAAAAGAUUGUUCUCGCUACUAAAGAGCUUACAAAUCUCGUCAGGGGUCCUCGUGAAAGCGUGAGAUACGAUGUUUGGAGUUAUUUGGAUACUUUGAGCUUGCAGCUCAUCAAUAGCUAUCAAAUUGCUAAACUGGUUCCACUGGAUGCUCCUAUCAAGCUAACUGAACUUCAAUCCAAAACUCCAUUGGAACCUGUCAAUCUUGCCCGUGCUCUACGGCAUGCCAUGACUAACAAUAUAUUCUGCGAACCAUCUCCUGGUCUCAUUGCCCACACUGCAAAUUCACGUAUCUUGGCACAAGACACCUCACUUCAAGCUUGGAUUGGCUUCAAUUCAGAAGACAUCUUUCCCGCUGCUGGUCACGUAAUGCAAGCGUUGAAAUCCCACCCCGAAGCAACCUCCAUAACUCACACAGGAUUCAAUUUUGCUUUCAGUACGGUUGGCGAAGAGCCCAUGUUUGUGACCCUUGGUAAGGAUCCAGUCAGGGCCAGGCGCUUUGCCAAUGCGAUGCUCAGUUUCACAAACGGAGAAGGCUAUGAAGUCAGCUACUUUGUAGACAACUAUGACCUUUCCGAUGUGAAUGAGCGCGGAGGUACGUUUGUUGACGUCGGCGGUAGUCAUGGCUUCGUGUCAGUGGAAAUGGCCAAGAAGUGGAAGAACAUGAAGUUUAUCGUGCAAGAUUUGCCAAAAAUGAUAAGCAGUGCGCCGCAACCCAUUUGCGAGGAUGCCACCGUAGCAGAGAGAAUCUCCUUGCAAGUCCACGAUUUCUUCACAGAGCAACCUGCAAAGGGCGCUGAUGUUUACUACUUUCGGUGGAUUUUUCACAACUAUUCCCAACCAUAUGCCGUUAAAAUUCUGAAGAGUCUCAUUCCUGCACUAAAGCCCGGAGCUCGUGUCGUCAUCAAUGAUUACUGCAUACGAGAUCCAGGAUCAGAGAAUCCUUGGGAUGAAAAGCUCAUGAGAAGCAUGGACAUGAUCAUGGGCACUCUUUUCAACGCACAGGAGCGAGAAGAAAGAGAGUUUUGCGAGUUAUUCAAAGCAGCUGAUCAUAGGUUUGACUUCAAGGGAGUCUACAGGGUUGAAAGUUGUAAAAUGAGCGUGAUCGAAGCAGUGUGGAAUGAGAAUGGGGUUGAGGCUCAGGUCGACGAGUGCAAGGAAUAAGGCGUUUUGACUGCAAUGAAGGUGAUGUUUGGAGCGGGAAUAACGGAGGAUGUAUUGCUUAAUAUGCUGUUGGCGAUUAAUUAAUUGACUAGAUAGUGAGCAGAUGACAAUGGUUUGUCUUUAAUAUCCAU